AUGAAGGGACGCCUACCUUCUUCCAGCACACGAAGCUCCCCCACCUCCGCCCCUGCCGCCCCCACCACCGGGGCCCCCCCCCUCCCGCCCCCGGAGACUACGUCCACCAGCCACAACGCCAGGAAGAAGCGCCGCGUCCGCAGCUUCUUCUGGAAGCCGAUACCGGAGGAGAAGGUGCGCGGGAAGCCCAACAUCUGGACGCUGGUGGUGCGGCAGCAGCAGUACCAGAUCGAUGUCCGCUCCGUGGAGGAGCUGUUCGGGCAGCAGGAGGAGGCAGUGACGGGCGUACGCGGGGCGCCGCCGGCCGCCGGAACCUCAACUCAUGUCACCAGGUCUCGCUCCUUCAAGGAGAGCAGCAAGGAUGAGAUCAGCAUCCUUGACUCCAAGAGAGGGAUGAAUGUGGGCAUUUUCCUGAAGCAGUUCAAGAAGUCCAACCGCUCCAUUGUUGAAGACAUACGACAAGGAGAAGGAAAGCCUUAUGGAGCAGAGCUGCUCAGAGACCUGCUGAAGCUCCUGCCUGACGUAGAGGAGAUCAAGAAACUUCAGGCGUUUAAAGGAGACCCAGACAAGCUGACACUGGUUGAUUCCUUUAUGUUCCUCUUGAUCCAGGUGCCUCGGUUCGAGGUUCGGAUCGAGGCCAUUGUCCUCCGCGAAGAGUUCUUUCCUUCCUGCGCUGUAAUGAGCCGCGAGAUCGAUGUCGUCCGCGUCGCCACUAAAGAGCUGAUGAGCUGCGAGGAGCUUCAUGCCAUUCUGCAUCUGGUGCUGCAGGCCGGAAACAUCAUGAACGCUGGCGGCUACGCAGGCAAUGCUGUGGGCUUCAAGCUGUCUUCCCUUCUCUCAUUGGCCGACACCAAGGCCAACAAACCCGGGAUGAACCUCCUGCACUUUGUUGCCAUGGAGGCAAAGAAAAAAGACGAGAAGCUGCUCAAGUUUUCUGAGAAACUUCAGGAUGUCCAGAGUGCAUCCAGAAUCUCAGUGGAAAACAUCGAGGUGGAGUUUUCCUCCUUAUAUGUUCGGAUUAAAUCCCUGGAGGAGAAAGUUCAAGGAGACCGGGAGCUAGUGCAGCAGCUGGAGCCCUUUCUGCAGAGUUCAGCACAGACGCUUCAGGACCUGAAGAGACGCAGGCUGGAUCUGCGCAAAGAGGGGAACGCUCUCAUCGACUUCUUGUGUGAAGACAAGGACACCUUUAAGCUGGACGAGUGCUUCCGCAUCUUUCAAGACUUCUGCAACAAGUUCAAGAAAGCUGUCAAGGACAACGCGGACCGCGAGUUGAAGGAAGCCGCCAGACUGCGUCGUCUGCGAGAGCUGGAGGAGAAGCGCUUUGCUUGGUCGGGCGCCGAUCCGAGCGCCAGCGGAUUUGGCCGCAGCAGCAGCGAGAGCGACGUGGGGAUGCUCACUAAGGAAGGCCUGCUCGACUUCUUCCAGCAGAGGUCUCAGAGUCCGCAAAGCCCGAUGGGGCGCUCCCUCAGCGCCCGCCGCCACCGUCACACCAUGACCUCCGUAGCAGACCGAGAACUCCAAGGCUACCUGGAGCUAUUUGGAGGCACUGGGAACCCCGCCGACUAUUCCAAGUUUAACAGCCUACCUCGGCCGGGCCGCACCGUGCAGCGCAGGUCCACCCCCUGGAUCUCAGCCCAGGACGACAACCGCGAGCUGGGCUGCGACAGACCGGUGGAGUCCCCACGUGCAGAAACGGAGCCCAUCAGCCCGCUGGCCAGGUUUUCGUCCCCCGGGCUAAACGAUAAUGACCCAUACAACAACAACAACCAUUACUCAUCUGUGUCCGAAGGCAGCGCUCUGCCUCGUCCCUUGUGCGUCUUUCCCAAGCCCGCCAAUCUUCCCAACCCAACCAUUACCAGCCACUUGAAUGUUAGUGUGGAGAAGCACACUUUAGUUCGAGGGCCUCAAGCUUUUGAGCUACCUAGUCCAAACAAUAACAGUAAUCCUCUGCACUUUGUCAACCAGGGGGAUGUUGUGGUGACUGAUUUGGAAAAGGAGAGACGGUCACCUCCCACCAAUCUGGACAUCCUCCUGCACGAUGACAUUUUAGAAAGAGGAGCAGAUCCCAAUGCAGCCUGGAGAGGGGAAAUAGAUCCUCCCACACAUGCUGGGCUCUCUCCUGAGACAGAGAAAGAAGAAGAGGACAACAGCACGGUUUCAUCAACAACCUGUGAUACACCCCUCCCACUGGAUACCUCUGUAUCCAAUAAGAAACCAUUGUUUUAUAUACUAGACUGCACAGAAACGGACUGCUCUGUCACCUCGGAUUAUUCUGAAGUGGAUAGCUCGUCUCUGACGAAAGAGGGGCUUCAUUUCAGAACGACUGACUGCAAGAGAUCCGAUCAGGAGAGCCAGCUAGAUUCGAGCUCCCCGUCCUCUAAUUUGGAGUCGCUGUCUCCCAUGGACCAGUCCGUUUCCACCAGUGAGCUUUCAGCGCCAAAAUCUGUGGACGCAGCGUCCGUGACCCCAUCUGCUACCGCGGACGAGUGGGACACGGAGAGCUGUGACACCGCUGAGGGGAAACAAGGCGUGGAGAAAGACGCGCAGAGGAGCAACAGAAAGCCAGCGCAUGCAAAGGGCAAAGCUACCAAAGCGACAAAGUGCAGCGGAGGUCGCGGUGUGCGAACGCUGACCAGCAGCGAGAGCCAGGGCAUGCGGAAGGUCGUGCCCAUCAGCAAGCUUACAAGGAUCGGUAGCAGGAGAGGAGAGAGACCUUUGGAGCACGACUGUGGAGAGCCACGCCGUGACCAGAGCACCCCAGCGAGAGGAAGGAGCGAGAAGACCGCGAGACCUCCUCGACACUCCAGUCUGCCUCCGGAUGAGUCCAAAGCUCAGAGGGGGAGCAGCCUCACAGGCGGCGCUUCCAGAUGGGCACGCGAAUUAGCCCAGAGAAAGGCUUCCAUCAACAAGCCGAACGCCAAACCCCUGAGGAACAUCCCCAAGCCUGCACCUGAGGAGAAGAUGUGCCGCUCCACCAUGAGAGCCCUGGCUCAGGCUCAGGCUCAGGCUCAGGGUGGAGCUUCCUCUGAGCACAGCAGCUGGAACACACUCAAAAACGCCUCCGAUGUCCCCAGCUUUGCCCGCAACACGGUAGCUUUUACUUCUAGGUCCAGGAAGGAUCUGGGCCCCCCGUCUGUCCCCUCCACCCCGUCUCGCAGCCCCUCGCUUCUAGGUCGACAAACCCCGGUGAAGCAGAACAGGCCGUCGCCCACAGUUCACGCCAGCGAGGAGCGGCCCCAAGGGACAAACCUGCGACGGGUGCAGAGUGUGAAAGCGACCAGCCGCAGCGCCUACCGCAGCGAGACUCCCCCACCGCCUCCUACACGCGAAGACAUUCGCAAGACUAGUAGCUUUUCUGAAAAGUCCGUCCAGUCUAGAGACUCAGUGACGCCCAGCAGAGGUGCUAAACCAAGCUGGAAAUAAAGUAAAACCUAGUGGAAACUGACUGCAGAAGGACUUAAAGAAAGAGAGACUUUGAUGUAAAUUGAUAUUCGCCCUUCUUCCCCUUCUACUGCGCAGUCUUAUCCUCUCAUAUCAUGCAAAAGACAGGAAUCUGAAAGAUGUUUUAGGCUAUCUCACCCUAAGAUUCCUCUAGUAGCUGGAUCUGUAUCAGGUUUAUGAAUUGCAAAGAGCUGUUUUUUCUUUGUUGCUGUUGUUUUAACAAUUCCCUUUUUAUUUUAGGGGUGGGGUGGGGGGCAUUAACUACACCGACAAAUGGCAAAUGGGUGUUUUUACACAGGAGCCUCUGCCCGCUUAGCUGUCUGUUUACUGUAUAUGCUUGUGUCUGUGAUGAUGUUGAUGUCGAACACUACUGACUAUAUGAUGCUGCUAAUUAGCUCCGACAGUUUGAGACUGAGUUUCAGUGUCCGUUUCAUUCAGGGUUACAAGAUUUGUUGUACCUACACUUGCUGCUGUUAUGGUGUCUUUUAUUUUUUUUUGGUGCGUCCUCCUGUAGAGCAUCGCACCGUUUUGAUUUCUUUGCUUGAUACCUCAGAAAGAUCGCAGUGGCCUUGUACCGGCAGAAAAAAAGUACAAUAUGUUCAAUUGGCUCUGCAUGAUGAAGAUGUAGAUCUGAUAAAUUGGUUUAAACUGCA